AUGUCGAACCAACGUGUCGUAGUACUUGGCGCUGGUAUUGCAGGGCUAUCUACGGCUAAUUUACUCUUACAGCAAGAAAAAGGGUUUAAAGUGCAUAUUGUCGCCAAACAUUUUCCAGGGGAUUUAUCUGGCGAAUACACAAGUCCUUGGGCUGGUGCACACUGGAGAAGCCAUGCUACAAAAGAUGACACUAGACAGCAAGAAUUUGAUAGAAUAACUUACAACCAUCUUUGGAAACUUGCUAAAGCACCACAAAAUAAAACAGGAAUUAUGAUUAUUGAUGAAUUCGAAUAUUGGGAGAGAUUUCCACAAGAUUUCUCUGAUCCAUGGUUCAAGACAUUAUGUCAUGAGUAUCGACAUUUAAGAAAAGAAGAGCUGCCAACUGGCAUUGAGUUUGGAAUCACAUACAAAUCAAUUUCUAUUAAUCCAUUAACCUAUCUUAGCUACCUUCUCAAUAAUUUCACCUCUUUGGGUGGUACCACACAACGCGUCAAUUUAUUAUCACACUUAAAUGAAUGUUUGGAAAGCGAAACCGAUAUUGUUAUCAAUUGUUCGGGUAUUCAUGCCAGAACUUUAGGGGGAGUUGAAGACCCUAACGUCUACGCAGCGAGGGGUCAAACUGUGAUUGUGCAGUUGCCUCGUUCAUAUAUGAAUUGGGCUUUCUUUAAGCGAGCGGCUAAUGGAGGAGAAGUAACAUACGCGAUCCCGCACGAUGAUGGCGAAGUUAUUCUUGGUGGAACUUAUGACGAACAUAAAUAUUCGACAGACAUUGAUUAUAAUACAGCUAAAGGAAUUAUUCAACGAUGUCUCGCAACUCGUCCGGAUAUCUUGCCAAACGACCAAACUCAACUAACAAUCAAGAGGCACGGAGUUGGUCUUCGACCUUGUCGUAAAGGUGGUGUAAGAAUCGAGGCCGAAUGGACAAUUUCGAAAAAAUUCGGCAAAAGAAUUCUCAUUUGUCAUAAUUACGGUCAUGGGGGUUCUGGCUUUGAAUCAAGUCAUGGGACCGCACAACAUACGAUAAAGGUCUUGAAAGAAGCUUUACAGGGACGUCCAAAUUUCCAAUUGCAAAUUUCAAAACUUUAG